CUAUUCUCUCUUUCAUCUUGACAAUUGACAUACAACAGGAAAUUUUGCCUUCAUAUCUUCUAGUUUUGUUUUUCAAAAGUUCAUUGCUUAAUUAGAUGUUCAUGUUUUUUGUUGAGCACAAGUGGAAGUCCAAUUUUUUUUGGGGAAUGAGUUAUCCAUAUCAGUAGCUUAGCUUUGCUGUUUAGUGAGAAGACUGUCAAAUAAAGAACACAAGUGAUAUAAACGUGGUGCUUUCCUAAGUUUUAUGUUUGCUUUCACUUACCAAGUCAGAACUAAGUAAGUUUGCCGUGUAUUGCAUUACAGGGUUAUGGAUUGAAUCACAGGCAACAGGAGCAUUGCUUUCCAUAUGCCAAUGAAUGCAAAGAUUCUCCAUCAGCAGGUCGUGGGGUAGUUGUGACCAAUUUGGAAGGUACUACUCAGUUGGACUACCAUCAGUUUGAUCUGCCUCGAAACUUUGACCAAAGCUUCUAUAUUAAUGGUAUGAAUCUAUGUGGUGAAGAUGGUACCACCCAGAAUCUUGCUAGUAGCUAUCUUCCAGGUAUAUGCCCUCCACCUUCAGCCUUCUUAGGCCCAAAGUGUGCACUCUGGGAUUGUGCUCGACCGGCACAGGGAGGGUUGGACUUUUGGCAGGUCUACUGCAGUAGGUUUCAUCAUGACCUAGCCCUGAAUGAAGGCCUCCCAGGAAUGGGCCCUGUUCUUAGGCCCGGAGGCAUCGGCCUGAAAGAUGGUCUUCUCUUUGCUGCUCUUGGUGCAAAGGCUGAGGGACGAGAUGUCGGUGUCCCCGAUUGCGAGGGAGCUGCAACUACAAAGUCUCCUUGGAAUGCUCCUGGUAAGUUUAGAUGAAGCUUGUCUCGUUUACUUUUACAGCUUUGUUUAGUGAAGUAUUACCUCCUACCUACAUGUGGCAAAUCGGUUGGGUUGGUGGCAUUCUCAUGAAAAUUUUGAUUGGCUUUGGAGGGUAUUUUAUUCAUCUGUCAGGUCUAAGGGACUAAGGGUUAAGGGGUGUUGUAUAUUGUUUUAGAAGUUUUGAUAUUGAACUGUGAAAUGAUGGGUGAAUUAGUUUGUUAGUAGCUCUCAUAAAAUACGUUUUUGUACUGAAUUAGCAAAAGUUCUAUUUGAAUCCUAGACCUGUUUGUAAAAUUCUGAAGUAAAUUAGGUACUGAAAUCUGAGGCCCAAAGUAUUUAUGUACUAAAUCCUAUGUUGACUCAAUAUAAUGCUUUGACAUCGUGGAUUGGUUUGUGAGUUAGGUGGGUUUCGAGUGGAUUGGUUAAGCUGAUAUUUGCCACCUCUAGCAGAGAUGUUCUGUUUGACAUCGUGGAUUAUCUCUGUUAUCUUGGAUGACCCAAUAUAAUGCUUUUCUUUUCUGUACUUUGCAGAACUCUUUGAUCUUACGGUACUUGAUGGUGAGACAAUCAGGGAAUGGCUCUUCUUUGACAAGCCACGCCGAGCAUUCGAGAGCGGCAACAGAAAGCAAAGGUCGUUACCUGAUUACAGUGGGCGUGGAUGGCACGAGUCGAGGAAGCAAGUCAUGAACGAAUUUGGAGGACUUAAGAGAUCCUAUUACAUGGACCCACAACCACUGAACAACUUCGAAUGGCAUCUGUACGAGUACGAGAUCAACAACUGUGAUGUCUGUGCCUUAUAUAGAUUGGAACUAAAGGCCGUUGAUGGGAAGAAGAGUGCUGCCAAGGGGAGACUGACCAAUGAUAAUUCAGUCGUUAAUCUACAGAAGCAGAUGGGAAGGCUUACAGCUGAGUUCCCUUCUGAUAAUAACAAGCGUCCUAUGAAAGGAAGAGCCAAAGUGGAUGCUAAAGUUGGUGCUGGAAAUCCUUAUCCGGUGCCUAACCGAGUGGUGCCUGCACAUGAAGGUUUCGAUUAUGGACUCGGACCACAGUACAAUUACCUUGGUGGUGAUUAUUAUGUGACGUGAGAAGGCAGCUGGCGAUUAGGUGAAUGCUAUUUGCUUGGUCUCUCUGUCUUUGUUGUUCAGGAAGCCAACCCUCCCAUCUCUAUCAUGGAUAUGGAAUAUGCAUAUAAUCGAACUUCGAAUGGAAAGUGCUACUAACCCAGGUUUAUAGCUUGGAAGCUGGAGCUCAUUUCAAAUUCUCAUUGAUGAUGACGAGAAAGUGGCUAUUUUUUUCCCCUAAGCAGCCCAUUUGGAUUAAUUUUGCAGAUGGUAUGUUGCAACAAACACACUUAACAUUUCUGGCAAUUUAGUGGGGCUGCUGCUUGAUUGCCAAGAUAGGUAUAGUAAUCUAGUAUUGCAGUAACUUAUGGUUAUCUGUACUGUAACAAUGCAAUCUCGGGCGAGGAAUAGUUUAUGGUGAAGCUUUCAUAUGGUUGCACUGUAAACAUCAUUUGUCUUGCGCCGUAAAACUUGUAAAUGGAAAUUGGGGUUACCUAGCCUUGUGUCGAUGUUCAUAUCGCUGCUGGUCGGACACUGUUUCUCGCAGAGAUUUUUCGUGGUUGUGAAACACAUGAACGUAUGGUGAUUAUUUUGAUUGUGACCUCUAUCAACAAAAAAAUAGGGCAUCGAUAACCAUUUCAGGAUUUCUGAUAAUACUGACUGUUAAUACUUGCACGACAUUAAGGACACCACAAGCAACAAAUAACACAUCUUGAA